AAGAUGUAUGCCUACCUAUAUAGACCUGUCAGAAAGCCAUAUGUAUUCAUGUAUACUUCAUCAACUUUCCAGUUCUCACACGAUAGUCCCGUCGAAUAAUCUGGAUACUUAUGAUAUGAUGGAUCACUCUGAAGAUGAAGACAUACCAGAUUUGGUCAGUGGAGAAUUUUUAGAAGUAUUUAGCCAUCAUUAAUCCUGUUUCAUCCUUCUCCGUGGGUUGAGUGCGAAAGCUGACGCUUAGGAGGGCGAACUUAUGGUUGACGAGGAACGUGAAAGUCGAAAUAGGUACGAUGUCCAGCUGUUUGAAAAGUGCUCAGACUGAAUGAAGAACCUGACAUGUUUGUUCGUAGAUCAGCAGACAUUGCAACUACUGCACAACAGCCACUCACCUCCAAAACCAGACCUCACUCCGCUGCCGAGUAUUCUAAUAUGAGACGGAUCCAGAGAGAGCGUCGUCGGAGAGAAAAUCUUGAGGGAGAAAGUCGUGAGAGUCAUCUUCGUCGUGAGAUGGACUGCAGUGAAAGAGGACGUAUUGAGAGAGAUCCUAUUAUUCCUCCACAUGACACACUUUCCAGUUUACAAGAAGAGAACCGAAAGCUACAGGAAGAAAACAAAAAUCUGGAAAGGGCAUUCAAACAAGUGGACAAUGCUUUAUCUCAAUGCAAAUUAGCUCUAAAGACUCAGAGAGCAGAGGGUGAAAUGUUGGGUCGAGAGAUCGGGUUAGAGUUUGCUGUGGAGAGAUUGAAAAGAAUAAAUGCUGUAGAAGCUAUGCACAGGCUUCUAGAUGAUAAAGAGAAGUUUGAGGGGUGGCAGGGGUUCUAUAAGUUUUCUGCUUCGACGGUGCGUAGAUUACAGGCGGAAAUAGCAACAGAGAAGAAAGAGAGGGAGGAUAAUCCGCACUCCGAGUUGAAGAGUCAAGAUUAUCGGGUGAGGAUAAUGAAAGGGAAGGAUGGGGAGAGGUAUACUGUUUUUGAUCACGAUAAUCCCCGCUCUCGCCGGCUUAGGUCUGAAGAGGAUGAUGAGGCCAGUGAGUAUGCAGAUCUGGUGAGUGAUGCAGAGUGGAUAUAUGAGAAAAUGGUUAAGAAGAGGGAAAUGGAUCAGGGAUUGGAGAUGGAAAGGAUAAGGGAGAUUCAGGAAGAAGUGUUAACGCUGGAGCAACCAGAGGAGGAUAUUGAGGCACAGAAAUUGAAGGAAGAUGAGAGGCUGGGGAAGUUGGAGGAGACGAGAGGGCUAAAGGAGACGGAAGAGGAGAUGGAGGAUGACGAGGAUGAGAUUGAGAUUGCCUUCUUUCCUCCGAGUGUUGAGAACGAGUGUCAAAAAUCUUGAGGAUAGCUUAUUUGAUGAGAUACAGAUGUCAAUUUCUGUUGGGAGGAAGUACUUCUACUGGUCUAUUUUGUGUUUCAGUUGAGUGGUAACUACUUUGCGU